AUGGGGAUCAAGGCACCUGCUCAGGAAAAGAGCAAGGUUCCGCCAGAACUUGAGGCAUUUGAAGAGGGCAUUAUCAAGCUAGACGGGCGCUACCAGGUGCCGCUGAUGUUAAAGGAUCCAGGAAUACCUGCCGGCAGCGACAAUCGAUGGUUGGCGGAGCGCCGUCUGCAAGCACAAUUAAAUAGGUUCAGACCACAGCCCGAACUCCUCAAGCAGUAUGACACGGCAAUCAGAGCGUAUUUUAACGAGGACCACGCAGAGCGAGUUGAAGAAAAGCUACUGCCAAGAGAAAAUGUGUAUUAUAUGCCUCAUCAUGCCGUCAUACGAAGAGAGGCCGUUACGACAAAACUUCGGGUGGUGUUUGACGCUUCCUCGCACGCGCUUGGCCAUCCCUGCCUGAAUGAUGUCCUGUUCAAGGGUACGAAGCUUGGAGUUGACAUUGUGCAGCUGCUACUCACCUUCCGAUGUCACCCGGUAGUCCUUAUCGCGGACAUCAAAAAGGCAUACUUGCAGAUGCUUAUUCGCCCGGAAGACUGCGACGUGCUGCGAUUCCUCUGGAUUGACCGGUUGCCCUCGGAUCAAGAUCCAUCUCCAUCUGUGGUGACGUGGAGAAUGACGCGGGUCCCGUUCGGAGCCUCGUCUAACCCAUUUGUGCUCGCAGCUACCAUUCGACAUCACCUAGCACUCUGUCGAGAACAACAUCCUGAGACUGUAGCAUUACUAGAGAAAGCCUUUUACGUCGAUGACCUUAUCGUGGGGCUUCCGAAUGUGGACGAAGCUGCCACAGUGUACAAUGAAGCACGCAAGAUAUUCUCGGAAGCAAGCAUGGAACUGCGCAAAUGGGCUUCCAAUGCACAUGCCUUGCGAAAAAUCUUCCUUAGAGACAAGAUUGCUUUUGAAAACGAAGCCGGAGAGAGUACCCUAAUCAAAGUCCUCGGUGUACCUUGGGAACGUGAAGGCGACAGAAUUGUCCUCAUGGUGCGCGAAGCGUUGGACUUCGCUGCGAACAAGCCUUCGACCAAGCGCAUUGUGCUCCAGACGUUAGCAAGAGUGUACGAUCCGUUGGGGUAUCUAGCUCCAUUUUCGCUCAGGGCAAAGCUACUGUUUCAAGACUUGUGGAAGAAGAAAUGCGCAUGGGACGAUGCCCUCCCGCCAGAAGAACAAGUGUUGCCAGCUUUCACGAUGAACCUACCGCCGGUCGCCUUCAAGUGA